AUGGAAAGAUACCCACAGAUAAUAAUAACGAAAGUGAAGAAGGCCCCAACAUCUAGAACCCAAGCCGCACAUGAAGUACAAAAUAAUGCUGAAGACGAGGAUCUGCGCGGACGAGAACGCCACAUCGACGGCAAUUUGAGCAACCCACAAAGCACUAGGUCGGUAGAAGGUGAAAGCUCUAUGCUUGUUCACAAUUGGAUGUUUUAA